UAGCCUUACAGUUUCACGAAGCCCAUGUUUAUCUGGGCAAUUAAUUAUCUCAGCCUCACCCUAUAUAUAUUUAUAUAAGUAAACUGAAAUUUAGCAUUCAGAGAGUUUGAUCAAAACGUAGAAUGGGCUAUUUCGUUGCUUUUGUAGUUGCUGUGGUAGUAAUUCUCGUUACGAAUAUUUGGCGUCUGUGUUGGAUUCUGCUGUGGAGGCCAUAUGUGUUAACUAAAACCUUUGAGAAGCAAGGAAUCAAAGGCCCACCUUAUAAGUUCAUCUAUGGCUCUAUCAAGGACAUGAAGAAGCUCGGGGUUGCAGCUUCUGAUAUUGUUUUAGAUACAAAUUCUAAUGACAUUAUUCAGAAAGUUACUCCCUAUUAUCAUAAAUGGUCCUCUGAGUAUGGUGAGACAAUGUUGUAUUGGUAUGGGACGGAGGCAAGAAUCACAAUUACAGAUCCAGAGCUGAUUAAACAAGUACUGUCCAACAAGUUCGGGUUUUACGUCAGACCUUGGGUAAGGCCGACCAUCAAGACUCUCAUGGGUCAAAAAGGUUUGAUUUUUGUUGAAGGACAUAACUGGGUUAGACAAAGAAGACUUCUCAAUCCCGCCUUUUCCAUCGACAAGCUCAAGACUAUGACGAAGAAAAUGGCAGAAUGCACCAUAGCCAUGCUUGAAGGGUGGAAAAAAGCUUACAAGAACAAGAAAUGCAUGAAAAUUGAAAUGAGCCAAGAAUUUAUAAAGCUCACUUCUGAUAUAAUUGCCCACACUGCAUUUGGCAGUAGCUAUGUUCAAGGAAAAGAAGCUUUUAAUGCACAAAAGGAGCUCCAACAACACUGUGUUGCUGCAAAUUUAGAUGUCUUCGUCCAUGGAAGCCAGUAUUUACCUACGCCAUCAAAUAUUCGGAUAUGGAAGCUAGACAGUCUGUUGAAGAGGACAUUAAAAGGAAUCAUAGAGAAAAGAUUAAGGUCAAAAGAUAGUACUAAAACUUAUGGAGAUGAUUUACUAGCUACGAUGAUAGAAUAUUCAGAAAUUGCAGAUGAAACCAAAUUUAAUACUCCAAAGUUGAGAGUGGACGAAAUCUUGGAGAACUGCAAAGCAUUUUUCUUUGCCGGGCACGAGACUACUUCUGGUUUACUAACAUGGACAGUCUUCCUGUUGAGCUUACACCAAGAAUGGCAAGAAAGACUCAGAAAAGAGGUGUUAAAAGAAUGUCUGAUGGAAAUUCCUGAUGCUGACAUGUUAGCCAAGUUAAAAUUGAUGAAUAUGGUUCUACUAGAGACGAUGAGGCUGUAUGGUCCAGCAAUAGAUCUUAUCAGGACGCCAUUGGAAGAUACUAAAUUGGGAAACUUGAUGAUCCCAAAAGGUACUUCUAUACAAAUCCCGAUUAUAAGAAUUCACAGGAACAAAAAAUACUGGGGAGACGAUGCAGAUGAAUUUAAUCCAUUCAGAUUUGCAAACGGGGUCUCAAAAGCUGCGAAACACCCAAAUGCUUUCCUUGGCUUUGGAAUGGGUCCCAGAGUUUGCAUUGGCCAGAAUUUUGCGAUGCUUGAAGCUAAGACAGUGCUUACUUUGAUUCUUCAAAGGUUGUCCCUUUCCCUUUCCCCUGAAUAUAAACACACUCCUGUUAAUCAUAUUACUUUGCAUCCUCACAACGGACUACCCAUAAUUGUAGAACCUCUGUCUCUAUAAUUAAUUAUCAUCUCUAAUGACAUGAGGUUGUAAGUUCCCAUUCUAAAUAAAGAAAAAGGAAAAUAUUAUAAUAGAUUAACUGUUGAACUGGUCUGUACUUUUUGUCUUUUGUUUAGCCAAAAAACAUAAACUUAAUCGAUUGUUGUUGAUUCAUAUUAUAAAUAUUGCUUGUUCUUGUUUUUA